UGGGGGUGCGAGAGAGGGCUGAUUUUAUUAAUUGCGAGAAAUUACUGAGUUGCGUCAAUUUUGUUCUCGUGCGCCGAGCCCACGGUGGGAUCGGGGAAGCCCUCCAUGAUCAUCAUGAUGAGAUUCAUCAGACAGUGCAGAAUUAAAGAUGCAUCAGAUUUCAGGCGGAGCCCGCUAUGCCAAUGAUUUUUGUCGUUGAUUUUUCUCUUUCAAGUUCGGCUAUGUCCAAACUCCGGACCAGACCCCUAUGAAGCAGAGAGUCAACUUUUUGAAAUCCAACCGCUCCAAACUCUUUAAUUCCUCUGCACCAAAUCCCAUAAAUUUUAAAACCCAGAUCAUAAUUUUGUUCAGGAAAGAGAGAAAAAAAAAGUAUCUGCAGACGAUCAAUUUCAUCCAUUCUUUGCCUUUCCUCUGUUUUCAGCUCGAGAGUCGUCUUCGCGGGAGAGAUUAAUCUUUAAUCCCCUGUUUUACCUCGUGAAUUUGAUUUUGUCUCCGAGGAAGAAUCUAAUUCGUUUCUGAUUGAAAAACCCCAUCUGGGUUUCUCCAUUUCGAGGGAAUUAAAUCAUGGGAAUUCAGAAAGAUAGGGUGAGAUUCAAUGUUGGGGGUAGAAUGUUCGAAACGACCGCCACAACUCUCGCGAAUGCCGGCCGGAAUUCCAUGUUUGGGGCACUCUUCGACGAGAAUUGGGAUUUACAAUCCGAUAAUUCCGACGAAUUCUUCAUUGAUCGGAACCCUGAUUGCUUCGGCGUCCUCCUUGAUCUCUUGCGCACCGGCGAGCUCUACGUGCCGGCAAAUAUGCCGGAGAAACUUCUCUAUCGGGAGGCCCUCUUCUACGGCCUGCAGGACCACUUCCGCUCCGCCAAAUGGGGCCAAUUCGACGGCAAUAGAUUGAAGCUUUCGCAUUCUGUGACCGGCCAGGCCCCGGGAGACGGGACCGCCAUCCGAGCCGGUCCCGACGGCGGCUGCUGCGUCGCUCAUGGCUGUAUGGUUCAUGUCUACGAUUGGAUGCUCGACGGACACCGGCCGGUCAACCUCGAUUACCAGAGAGUCAACGACGUGGGCUGGAUCGACGCCGAGAGCAUCAUGAUCAGCGUGUGCGAGAGACUAGGCCGCGGCGACGGCGGAAUGGGUCUGUUCAGCAAGUCAACCGGCGAGCUCCGGCAUAAGUUUCAAGUCAGCCACGAGAAUCAGGUAAAGAGCUGCACGGCCGGAGCUCUGAGUUUCAGCUCAGAUUAUAAGAUCUUCUCAAGUUGUAAAGGCAGAAGCAAUGAGUAUGGAAUUGGCGUUUGGGACCAAAUUACAGGGAAACAGACAGAUUUUUUCUAUGAACCAGCAGGUUGGUCUCUUGGAGAUGCUGACAAGCUCCAAUGGCUGAAUGGAACCAAUUGCUUGUUGGUUGCAACCCUGUUUCCUAGGAAGGACAACUGCUACAUUAGCCUGUUGGAUUUCAGGAACAAGAAAAUGGUCUGGUCUUGGUCUGACAUUGGAGCUCCAUUGACUGUAGAUGAGAAGAGAGUGAGAGAUGCCAUAGCCAUGGAGGAGAACAGCUCAAUCUGUGUGGUGAAUCAAUAUGAAGAUUUGGGGUUUUUGGAUUUGAGAAGCAGCAGUGGGGGGAGUAUCAGGUGGAGCUCAAGAAGUAGGCUAAUGAAGGGGAGGAUGCCAGAAGAGCCUUGUUACCCCAAAUUAGCAUUACAUGAGGGGCAGCUCUUUUCAUCCAUGAAUGAUUCCAUAUCAGUCUUGUGUGGACCUGACUGGGUUUUGACGUCCAGGCUCCGCCGAAGCUUCGGCGGUUCAAUCUGCGAUUUCUCCAUUGGCGGGGAUCGCCUUUUCGCACUUCACAGUGAGGAAAAUGUCUUCGACAUAUGGGAGACACCACCUGCUCCCGUAGUAUCAUAGAUUUGUAAGAUACAGGGUAGUCGAAGAAAUAUGAAGAGAUGUAUAUAGCAGGGCCUCUCGGUUCGACGGAAACCAGAGACGUUGGUUAAGAAAGCUAAGCAGGACGAACAAAACGAAAGGGAGAGAGUCAAAAUUUAGUUGCCAUUGCCAUUAUUUAGAGGAAAUUUUAGAGCAGAGUUUGUAUGGGUUCACCCAUUAUUACAGUAAUAGAUAAUCUCAAUAUUUCUUUCAUCUC